AUGCUCGCCGUCUGCUUUGGCUGGGUCUCGCCCGCCAGUCCGCUCGGGUGCGGUGCUGCCGACGGAGCGUCGUGGCUGCGCGCGCCGCCAGCAACUGUCGCGCUGGUGGCGACGCAGCCGCAGGAGCGAGGCGUGGCGGCCGGCCGCAAGGCGGUGCUCGGCUCAUCGCGGCAGCGCGCGCGCUCCAAGCACCAGCUGAUCACGCUCUUCCUCCGCGCUCAGUCGGCGCAGCAGCGCGGGUCCACCUCGCUCGCCCGCUCUCUGCUCCAGCGCUGCCUGCGCCUCGACUCUGCCGACGCGCAUGCGGCGCUCGCCCUCGCCCAGCUUGAGGCGGCCGCCGGGUACCCGGAGCGCGCUCGCGAGCUCUUCCUCUCGGCGCGCGCAGCGAGUCCGGCCAACCUGAAGCUCGCGCAUGCGCACGCCGUCUUCGAGGCGCGGUGCGGCCGUCCCGCCGCGGCGCGCGCCGCCUUUGGCGCGUGUGAGGCGAUUGCGCCCGGCGCGCACUACACGGCGCACGCGCUCGGGCAGCUGGAGGAGUCGCUCGGGCGGACCGAGGCGGCACGCGCGGCCUACGCGCACUGCUCCGACUCGCCCACGGUGCUCGCGGCGUGGGCCGCCCUCGAGGCUCGUCACGCCAACGUGAGCCAGGCGCGCUCGCUGUACCGCGCCGCCUGCGCCGCGGCGGCGGGAGGCGAGGGGGUGGGAGGCGAGGGGGCGGGAGGGGCGCAGGAGGGGGAGGGGUGGCCGGGGAGCAGCCGCGGCGGGCGCGGCGAGGCGGAGGCGGAGCUGCUGCGCGAGUGGUCCUCCUUUGAGGAGCGGCUGCUGCAGCUCUACAGCGGGUGGGCGUCGCUCGAGGCGCGCGCGCGGCACGGCGGCGUCGAGCGCGCUCUCGCUCUGCUCGGCGAGGGCGCGGCUCUCCUGCACGAGGAGCAAGGGGAGGGGCGCGAGGAGCAAGGGGAGGGCCCCCUCACCGCCGCACCUCCGGAGGCGGCGGGCGGGUCCGGAGCGGCAGGCGGGUCGCCCCUCUCUGAGGCGGCGCCGCUGUCGCCCCUCUCGGCGCUGUCGCCCCUCCCGGCGGCGGGGCACCUCUUCCAGUGCCGCGGCGCCCUCCUCCACCGAGCAGGCCGGCUCGAGGCUGCGCGAGCCGCGUACCGCUCCGCAGUGCGACACGGGUGCGGCGCUCCCGCGUUUGUCGGCUGGGCGCUGCUCGAGGAGGAGGCGGGGGAGCACGGCGAGGCGGCGGGCCUCUUCUCGCGCGGCGCGGACCUCGAGCCGGAGCACGCGCCGCUGCACAACGCGCACGCCGCUUUUGCCGAGCGGCGAGGCGACACCGACGGGGCGCGCAGCAUCUUCCGCGCCGCUUGCCGGCCGGGCGCGUGCGGGCAGGCGCGCAGCUUCGUCGGCCCGGACCUAUCUCGCUGCUCUGCGCUGCUGCACGGCUGGGGCCAGUUCGAGCAGCGGGCGGGCUACGAGCGGCGCGCGGCGGUGCUCUUUGAGCGGGCGGCGCGGCUCGGUCGCGGGUGUGCAGACGACUGCGCGAGGGCGUGGCACGCGCUCGGGUCGGUGCGGCUGCGGCAGCGCCGCUGGGACGACGCGCUCGAGGCGUUUGAGCGCGGCCUCGCCGGCUCUCCCCGCUCCUCGCCCCUCCUUCUCGGCGCCGGCCUUGCGCGGGGCAGCCCGUUGGUCCGAGGGCGCGGGACGGGGAAGCGUCGCCCCGUAGGCGCCGGCCUCGCCCGGGCGAGCUUGCAGCAGCACGAGCCGGCGAGAGAGCUCUUCCGGCGGGCCGUCGCGGAGGAGCCGCGGCACGGGAGGGCGUGGCGGGCGUGGGGCGUGAUGGAGGCGCGGCUGGGCGAGGUGGAGCAGGCGCGGCGGGUCUACUCGGACGGGCUGCGCAGCUGCCGCGGCCACGCGCCGCUCUGGCAGGUGGCGGCGGCGCGCCUCGAGAAGGAGGCGGGCGAGGCGGACAGAGCGAGGCGGAUGCUGCGCGCCGGCCUCCGCGACUGUUCCGCCGGCGAGCGCGUCGAGGGCGCGGGCGGUGGAGGAGGAGGAGGAGGGGACGACGGGCUGCUUUUGUCGUGGGCUGCGCUCGAGCUGGGCGAGGGCCGGCUGGCGCAGGCGCAGCAGCUGCUCGAGCGCGCUCGCGCCGCGGGCGGCGGCGGAGGCAGCCGCGGGAGGACGCACCAGCUGCAGGCGGUGCUGCUCGCGCGGCAGGGCCUCGGCGCAGACGCGCGCGCGGCGUUGCGCGAGGGGCUCCGGGCCGCGCCCGGCCACGCGCCGCUGCACACGCUGCUCGGGUCGAUGCUCGACGCCGACAACGACGUCGAGGGGGCGCGCGCCGCGUUUCGGGAGGCGCUGCGGCUGCAUCCGGGCGACGGGCGCACUUUCCACGCGUGGGCGCGGCUCGAGGCGCGGCUGCUCAAUUGGGAGGGGCUGCGGCUGCUCAACGAGCAGGCGCAACAGGCCUUCCCGCCCUCUCGCGGCGGCGCGGUAACAGCGACGCUGGUCAGCAGAAGAGUCCGGCUCGCCAAGUGCCGUACAGGCGGACAGCCACUGCAGCGCCGCGAGGCUCGCGGCGGCCUUGAGCUGCUGCUGCGCGGCGCUUACGCGGCCAAAGAGGGCGGGGUCGCGGGCUUCGAGGAGGUGGCAGAGCGCCGCAACCUCGAGCGCGGCGCCUCCGGGAGAAGGAAGCCGGGAGAGCAGCAGGGAGAGCAGCGCCGCCGCGUCCUCGCCGCCACCGCACACGCAGACGGCGGCGCCAGCCAGCAGGUUGACGCCCUGCCAGUAGCCGAGCGGGUGGCGCAGCGCGCACCACUGGUGCAGGACCGCGAGCACCUCGUCCCGGUGCGCCGCCGCCGCCGCGUCGGGCACGCCGAGCCGCUUGCGGCCGCUGCGGUGGGCGUCGAGCCGGAUCUGCUCUGA